CCAUCAGCACACUCAACACACUCCAACACAACAACACAACCAAACAAGGCUGUAGAAACCAUACUACUAGUACCAUGACGAUCCGUGACGAUGCCAACUGGUGCGAGGACUGCGAAGAAGAGUGUCAUGGUCACUCUCGAGUCUGCACUCAAUGUGGUGGAACCCUGACCGUCCGACAACAACAACCACCACAACGACAAUCAGAAAAUGUUUCGUUUCGUGCCAUGGAUUUGGAUGCCUUUUUGCCUCCCCACAUUGGAGCCGUGGCGGAGUUGCGAGAUCAGUUGCGCAAUGUCCGAGCACAAGUCCAGGCGACGACACAGCUGGCGCAACAAGCAGUCGAUAAUACGACGGGUUGGCAAGCCAUUCCCGAAGUUCUUCUGGAUCCGUCGGCUGCAGCCGAUUCGGGGAAAACACCGACAUCCUCGCAAGUGCUGCGACAAUUGCCACGAGAAACCUUGCAUCCCAAGAGUGCCUCCUUUUUUCGUGUUGGUCUUUCCGUGAGUGGUCAAGAAUACCAAGCUGUCACGGGAGAACUGGGGGCGCUUCCAUCACUCGACAACAAUAACGACAAGACGAUAAUCACCGUGGAAGCUCCACUGUGGAUACCCGCAACCCGCAAUCAACGGACUGGCAAGGAUCCAUUUUCCAACAUUCCUACUGCGACACCCUUUAUUGCCGUGCUGGAACGAGGUCAUGGUGUAUCGUUCUUUACAAAAUCAUUUGCCGCCGAACAAGCCGGUGCCAUUGCGGUGAUUGUCGUCAAUGACAAGGAAACUCCCUGGCCGUAUGUCAUGAAGGAUUCUCGGACCAAGGCACAAAAAGACCAGCAAGGUGUGGUGUCCAUACCUGUGGUCAUGAUCUCACAAACACAAGGACGAAGCUUGUUGGCGACUACUACCAGCACGAGUACGGCCACAUUGACCAUUUCCAACAACCAGCAACAAGACAAUGCCUGCAUUAUUUGCACCGACUCGUUCCAACUGGGACAAACCACCAUGACAUUGACCAAUUAUUGUGGACAUGUAUUCCAUGAGAACUGUGCUCUCCAAUGGCUCCAACAGCACAACACGUGUCCGUACUGUCGUCGGACCUUGCCAACAGAUGACCCCGACAGUGAACGAGAACGAUUGCGACAAAUGACAUCUACUACUACUGGCGCGAAUAAUAAUGACACGGGGACUGCCGCGUCGUUUUAUUCAUGAGUAGGAGGGGAGAGAUAGAUGUGCAUUGCAGGAAUGGCUAGCUAGAUGUGAUUAUUAAGUUUUGCAGCUUAUUGCUAUUCUCAAAAGAAGCUGCUCGAACAAAUGCGCAAACUAGAC